GAGAGAGAGAGAGAGAGAGAGAGAGAGAGAGAGAGAAUGAGUUCAAUGAAACGUUGUUUGAUGUGAUUUUUGCAUGCAAUUCUUAAUCUGUUUUGUUGGUGACAUGCAUUGCAGGUUGAGUGGUUAAGAGAGUGAUUAAUGUAAUUACAAUUUAUACAUGCAUAGAAACAUUAAACGUAUACAUAAAAUGCUGGAUCCGGUCGAUGUGGAUAUUGCAGAUUCUGAUUUUCUCACCAACCAAUCAGAUCUUGAUGACUCUUCCGACUCCGACAUUGAUAAUUACUGCUUGGCUUUUACAUGCAAGAACCGAUUGUUUGGUCGCCAGAAGCCUCUCCAUGUUGUCCUUGGCGCCGGUGUAUCUGCUGAUAUUAUACUUUGGAGGAACAAGCAGAUCUCAGCCUACAUUUUUAUGGGUGCAACGCUCACAUGGCUUCUAUUUGAGAGAUUAGGUUAUAGUUUGGUUGUGUUUUUUUGCCACGCUUCAUUGCUCUCCUUGACAGCCUUGUUCUUGUGGUCCAAUUUUGGUUCCUUAGUCCAUGUGUCUGCACCAGAAAUUCCAGAGAUUGUAGUACCACAGCACCUGUUUAUGAGGACUGCUAUUUCCAUGACAACUACAUAUAAUCAAGCAUUAAGAUCAUUUGGGCAAGUAGUUUUUGGGACAGAUAUAAGAGAUUUCCUCGCGGUGGCUGCAACUUUGUGGGUUCUGUCUGUUGCCGGAAGCCGGUGCAGUUUCUUGAGCUUCCUUUACUUAGUGUUUGUGAUACUGAUGACCGUGCCAGCGUUGUACGAGAAUCUUGAGGAUAGCGUGGAUAGCAUUGCAGAGAAAGCACUGAUUGAAAUAAAGAAGCAGUAUGCAGUGUUGGAUGGAAAAGUUCUGCAGAAACUCAAAAAGAAAGUAAUUUCUUACAAGAACAAAAAGCAGCCCUAAUUUUGAGGCUCUGCUGGACUUUUCUUCUUCUUCUUCUUCAUAUAGUUGGUACGGUUCAUAUUUCGUUCUUGCUUGUUUCGUUCCCUCGGGUUCGGAUGUAGAAAAAUAUGUUGCUUUCUGUGUUUCAAUAGUAGCCUUGUUUAGUUUUCCUUGAGGAGUACUGAUCAAGAAAA